CUGAUGGUGUGAUGUCACACACACACACCUGUCAGCUGAUGGUGUGAUGUCACAGACACACACACCUGUCAGCUGAUGGUGUGAUGUCACACACACCUGUCAGCUGAUGGAUGAUGUCAACAGGAAAUAAAGUGACUGAGAAUCUUUAUUUUAAAAUAAAGUAUUUAUGUUUGUUUGUCAACACGUCGAUCAGGAUUCAAUAAUUUAAAAUCAAAUUAAAUCAAAUUAAAGAAAAUAGUUCUGUGCUUGUUGUUGUUGGGGUUCGUCCUCCGGUCCAGCAGGGAUCACUGUUGGCGGUCUCUGGGUCUCCGGUUCCGUCCCCCUCGGUUCGGUUCUGUUCCACUAAAGCAGGACAAUGUGCGCCGUGCAGCUGCUGCGGGUGUCGGUCCAUGAGCGGAUCAGCGCCGCCGCUGAAGACUUUCUGCUGCGGGUGGAAACAGCAGAAGAAGCGGCGGAACUCCCGGCGCUGAGAGCGCUGCUCACCGAGCGGCUAACGGCGGCUGCGGAGGAGAUCGUCGGUCUGUUGGAGGAAACCGUGGCGGAGUACGAAGACAGAGUGGAGCGGUCAGAGCGGGAGAUCUGCCGCCAGAGGAGGCUGCUCGAGGCCGUGCUGAAGCCCGAAGUGAAGCUGCACAGAGCAGAGUCUCUGCAGACGGUGAUCCUGACCCACACAGACCUGCAGCCUCCAGUCCGGACAGACCAGAACCAGACAGAAGCUGUCGACAGCAAUGCUUCCUGCCCGCUGACGCCUCGCUCUCCUUCGCCCGCCGACCACCCGCCCAUCUCACCGAGCAGCUCAGCCGUUUGCAGCGACGCCGAUCUGGACAGCGACUGGACCGAGCAGAGUCGAAGUCCGAGACCUCCGAGGAAAAACAAGAGAGGGCGGCCUCCGCUCGCUGGCAGGAACAAACGGAAGCGCUCGACUCCGGCUCAGAGUUUCAUCUGUCAGGUGUGCGGGCGCUCUCUGCAGGGGAAGGGCUUCCUGCUCAAACACGUCCUGCAGGUCUGCGCCAACGACCCGGACAGCCGCUGCGGUGUCUGCGGCGAACAUUUGGACUCUGCAGAUGACCUGACGGCUCACCUGCAGACGCACCAGAAGAAGAGUAAAACCUGCUCGUUUUGCGGAAAAACCUUCCAGUCCAUCCUGGCGCAGGAGCUGCAUGUGCGUCUGCACACUGGAGAGAAACCGUACAGCUGCGACGUCUGUGGCAAAAAGUUCAGCCAGAAGGGAAACCUGACGUCGCACAUUCGCAUCCACGCCGCAGAGAAACCUUUCAAGUGCAAAGAGUGCAGCCGGGCCUUCUGUCACAUGACCUCUUUGGAGCGGCACAUGCGGGAGCACAGCGGCGAGGAGCUGCAUGCCUGCAGCAUCUGCGGACAGGAGUUCACCAAGUCUCGCAGCCUGCGGCGACACAUGGCGACUCAUCAGAAAGACACCAUCGACAAGCCCAAGAGAUACCGCAGCUCGGCGCCGUCCUUCCACUGCAAAGUGUGCGGGGACGCCUUCGACAAGAGGACCUUCUUGGUAAAACACGUGGAGACUCACCUGCAGGAUCCGGACUGCUGCUGCGGACUCUGCGGACACCACUACGAGUCCCCCGCUAGCCUCGCGGCUCACCUGCACUCCCACCGUGAGAUCGGCAACACGUGCCAUGUCUGUGGGAAGUGCUUCCCGGCUCACGCAGCGCUGGAGAUGCACAUACGGAUCCACACCGGAGAGAAACCGUACAGCUGCAGCUUCUGCGGGAAAGCCUUCAACCAGAGCGGUAAUCUGAAGACGCACCUGAAGAUCCACACCGGGGAGCGCGCCUUCUCCUGCAGCCUCUGUGGGAAAGGCUUCACCCAGAAACAGACUCUGGACACUCAUGUCCGCUUCCACAACAAGGAGAGACGCUUCCUGUGUCAGGUCUGUGGGAAGGGCUUCAUGCAGGACGUGGACCUGAAGAGACACAUGCUGAUCCACACCGGAGAGAAACCAUAUAGUUGCAGGGUGUGCGGGAAGAGCUUCCAGGCCAAGCGAUCACUCAACGGACACCUCAAGGUCCACUCCACAGGGGGGGUGGAGCCAGACCUGGACCAGGCCGAGCAGCCGAGGAUGGACGCGCUCUACUCGGGCUUCAUGCAGCUGUUAUCAGUAGUAUUAGUAGUAUUGGUACUCUCGGUAUCGGUAGUGUAUCCUCCGGUCCAGCAGGUGGCAGGCUCCGUCUCUCCGUCUCUCUCCCCUCAGUGUGAACUCGGUGAUCCGGGUCAGAACCGCCUUGUUUUCCUUCCUGCUGGCCGGUGGACGGAGCUCUGGACCGGGAUGUCUCUGACAGAAGCCCCGCGGCGCUGCGGGCUGCGGACCCUGAUGGAGUCGGUGUCGGAGCAGCUGACCCGGGUCGUGGAGGAGAUCCUGGGGCUGGUAGAGAAGCGGAGCGGGGGCUGCGGACGCCGCCUGCUCCACCUGCUGCGGCUGCUGCUCACCGAGCGGCUGGCGGUGGCGGCGGAGCGGAUCGUCGGGCUGCUGGAGCGGGAGGUGGAGGAGUACCGGCGGCAGCUUGAGCGGCAGAGCCGGCUGCUGGAGGCCGUGCUGAGCCCGGUGGUCCGACUGACCCGGACAGACUCAGUCAAGGCGACCAGCGAAAACGAAAACCACCACCUGCUGUCGGAUGCUGACCCCGCCCACCUCCCCACAGCCCCGCCCACCUCCACCUCCUCAGGUGCGUCUGCUGCCGACAGCGAUGAUGACUGGAGGGGGAGUGACAACUCUUCCAGUCACAAACAGUCAAACAGGAUGGAUGGAGGACGGCGUGGAGGCGGUCGGAGACGGCGGGUGGCGGCGGUGCACCGCUGUGUCAGCUGUGGGAAGAGUUUCCGCCAUAAAGGGAAUCUGGUGAAACACGUGGAAACACACUCAGACGAUCCCGAGCGUCUCUGCGGAGUCUGCGGCGAACACUACGAGUCCUCCGAUGGUUUGGUCGACCAUCUCAGGUCUCACAGAGAAGCCGUCAGCGGUGGCAGGACAUGUGACAUCUGCGGGAGGACGUUUCAGAACAUGGAGACGCACAUGAGGAGCCACACCGGAGACAAACCGUUCAGCUGCGACAUCUGCACAAAAAGCUUCCCCCGACCCGGAGCGCUGAGGAGACACAGGAAGAUCCACAGCAGGAGUACGGCCGACAUCUGCCCGGUCUGUGGACUCACCUUCACCCAGAACCAGUUGCUCCAGGAUCACCUGAAGACCCACAAAGAAGACGAUGGAGACCAAAGCGAAGAGGACGACGAGGACGGUCAGUCAAAGAGCUCUGGACCGAAGACGUCUCAGUCGUCCUCACUCUGCUGCAGAGUCUGCGGUGACUCCUUCCACAGCCGAGGCUUCCUGAGGAAACAUGCUGAGACGCACAGCAGGGAGGCUCAGUGCGUCUGCGGCGUCUGCGGACAGCAGCUGGACUCACCUGACGGCCUGCUGACUCACCUGCAGUCUCACAGAGAGACCAGCGGGACUUGCAGCAUCUGUGGUAAAAGUUUCCAGAACAUGGAGACACACAUGCGAAGCCACACUGGGAUCAAGCCGUAUCGCUGCAGCGUCUGCAACAAACGCUUCCCCCGACCCGGAGCGCUGAGGCGCCACAAGAAGAUCCACGGCGGGGAGCGGCCAUACGCCUGUCAGCGCUGCGGGAAGACGUUCAUCGAGAACAGUGCCUUAAAGACUCACAGCCGGAGUCACUCGUGGGAGAUCCACAGCGAUGAGAGUCGGCCGGACUCCCAGAGCCUGGAGGAGGUGGAGAAAACCGAAGAGAACGCCAGGGUGUCGACUCCGGCAUCUCACUGCUGUAAAGUCUGUGGGGAGUCUUUUCAGAGUAAAGGUAGUUUGAGGAAACACGCCAAGAGUCACACGACAGAGUCCAUCUGCGGCGUCUGCGGCGAAGGUUUACCGCCAUCAGAGACCUUGACGGACCACCUGCAGACUCACAGGGACGCCGGGAAAAUCUGUCACAUCUGUGGUAAAACCUACCAGAACAUCGAGACUCAUAUGCGGAGUCACACCGGAGUGAAGCCGUACUGCUGCGCCGUCUGCGGUAAAUCCUUCCCGCGGCCCGGCGCCCUGCGUCGCCACAAGAGGAUCCACACCGGUGAACGGCCAUACAUCUGCGAGUUCUGCGGAAAGACGUUUAUCGAUAACGGUGCCCUGACGACGCACAUCAGGAAUCACACCGGAGACAAACCGGCCCAUCGGGUCUCCUGCGAGACCUGCGGGAAGAGCCUGGCAUCCGUCCAUGUCCUGGAGGUCCACAAGAGGAUCCACACGGGCGAGAAGCCGUUUCAGUGUCGCAUCUGCGGGAAAGCCUUCAGGCAGGUGGGAGGGCUGAACGCCCACAUGCUGACCCACACCGGGGAGAAGCCAUUCAGCUGCAGCCUCUGCAACAAGAGCUUCAGCACCAAAGGUUACCUGGAGACACACAUCCGCUUCCACAAGAAGGAGCGAGCCUUCAGUUGCCACCUAUGCUGGAAGGCGUUCGUCACCAAGAAUGACCUGAAGAAACACCUGCUGACGCACACUGGAGAGAAACCGUACAGCUGCCGCGUCUGCGGGAAGAGCUACCAGGAGAAACGCUCCAGAGACGUCCACAUGAAGGUUCACCUGGACGUCCGGAUCAGCAAGGAGCCAAUCAGGGAGCCAGACUUCAUACAGCUGUAGAGUUCAGACCGGUUCAGACUGACAUCAGCCUGAACAGCAGAGACACAAAAUCACCAAAAACUGAAGUUUUAUUCUCAAAACAGUUUCCAGAUGUUUAUUAAAAAAAAACACACACAAUGCUUUUCAUCAUUUCAUGAUCUGAUUAUUUUAACUUAGAUAAUUGAUAUGAUACUCAGAUAUGGACGGACUUGAUAUCGACAUUCAUCGACUGUGACGUCAUUCCUCGACUGUGACGUCAUUCAUCGACUCUGUGACGUCAUUAAUCGACUGUGACGUCGUUCAUCGACUGUGACGUCAUUCAUCGACUCUGUGACGUCAUUAAUCGACUGUGACGUCAUUCAUCGACUCUGUGACAUCAUUAAUCGACUGUGACGUCAUUCAUCGACUCUGUGACAUCAUUCAUCGACUCUGUGACGUCAUUCAUUGACUCUGUGACAUCACUCAUCGACUCUGUGACGUCAUUAAUCGACUGUGACGUCAUUCAUCGACUCUGUGACAUCAUUCAUCGACUCUGUGACGUCAUUCCUCGACUGUGACGUCAUUCAUCGACUCUGUGACGUCAUUCAUCGACUCUAUGACAUCAUUCAUCGACUCUGUGACGUCAUUAAUCGACUGUGACGUCGUUCAUCGACUGUGACGUUGUUCAUCGACUGUGACGUCAUUCAUCGACUGUGACGUCGUUCAUCGACUGUGACGUCGUUCAUUGACUGUGACGUCGUUCAUUGACUCUGUGACGUCACGACUCAGCUGCUGGUUUUGAAAAAUAAAAUUCACAAGGAAAAAAAAGUCUGAUUUCAGUCUAAGAUCCAUAAAAAGUUCUUGAAGUAGUUACACACGUGGACAAAAUUGUUGGUACACUUCGUUUAAUGAAACUCACAAUGGUCACAGAAAUAACUUCAAUCUGUAAAAAGUAAUAAAUAAAAAUUC